UUUGGCCCAUGAUCAAAACUAGAUUCCCUUAGUGUGUUUACAGUGUUCUAAAUUAAAAGCAAAUCCCAUUUUCAAGUGGCAUAUUUCAUAGAAACUGAAAUGUUUCUAUCGUGCUGCAUGUAAUUGUACUUUCUACUUGACAUGAUAAGCUCCAAAUGUUGAGCACAAAGAUUGCAGCAAAGUUUGUAACAAAGUUCUUGAGAGAAUUAUACUCAUCAUCUAGCAAUUCUUUUUAUAAGAAGAACCAAAGGAGUCUUUUCCCCAGUGUAGGAACUUUUUUUUUUCUAUGACUGUAUGUUUACUUAAGUUUCUGCCUGAUGCUGUACUUAAUCAGCUACACUGAGAGAAAUUCUUUUGAUUUCAUUGCAAAUUCAGUUGCUCUUUAUCCCAUUUUAAUGUUCUUUCCCAUAACCUUUGAGUGGUAAAAUGGUCACAGACAAGAACAUAAGAGCUCCCAUUUCUCUAGUGAAUGCUUCAGAAAUGUACUAAGGCAUAAAUUUAGCAAAAGUUUUGAACAGACACUGCUUCUGCAUCAAACUCUGAAAAAAUAUCUUGGAGAGCUACAGAAAUGCACUUUCAGGGAAAAAAAAUUAGUCCCCACCAUUCUCUUUUCAACUCAGGUUUAAAACCUGAUGGAACAACAAACUGGUUUAUUCGUUAUCAUUAUUGUUACUAAAGGGGUUUUGACAAGUGUGAGAGAAAACUGGGUCAUUUCAUAAUAGCAGCUUCUGAGUGUAUUUCACCAUUACCUAAGUAUUCAAAAGCCAUGCAACACUUAAUAAAAUGUUGCACAGGAAAAAUGUGCUUGGGUCAUGUUUCAUGUUAUAAAUAGACAGAUAGGCAAACACAUACACUGUACCAUUUCCAAGAAAAACACCUUCUAUUCCAGUAACCUGUCUCUCUUUUCAUAUCUCAGAUUUAGUAAUCUUUUUACUGAAUUGCAGACUGCCCUUGGACUUUCAGUCAUCCUUGAAUUUAAAUAAAAACCAUUGGCAUCUGUAGUUUUAUUUCUUUUUCCUUUACCUAAGUACUUAAAUAACCAUGAAUAGUCCUGACUGAAAUUCCGAUGAGACACUCUACUGCACUUCAGGAAAACCACCAUUUGCCGUAUACAGUCAAUUGGUCUAUGGAUAUUUUGGGACUGUGGCUUUAGCUGAAUCAGGGAUACUUGAAAAGAGAAUGAGUAUAAAAAAAAAUAUGUGUAUGCAGCCUUCUGAAAACAAAUCUACCUUUGUCCAAACACUUGAGUACCUUUCCAAGGAGUACCUACCCCUCAAAGGGGCAUAUUUUGCUUCAUGAUCUAAAGGAUUUAGUUAGGCUUUUUCCUGUGAAAUAACUCUGACAUAAUUAACAAUUUUUGGAGCCAACCAAUUUCAAAGAUGUUGCAGAAAAUACUUCUAUCAAAGUUGAGGCAAACAAUUCCAGAAAACUGAAAUCUAAUUAUUACACAACAUUGUGUAAAGAAAGACUCGUUCAAUAGAUAACAAAUAUGCAUGUUGUCCAGCCACACUUUCCUGAUGAAUACACUGUUGUUGCUUUCCUUUUAACAUUCUCUCCAUUUUCAGCACCCCUAUUACAUCACACAGAAAGAUUCUACCAUAAAAAAAUGAGAUUUUAUUGAAGGCUGGAUCUCUUUUGUCUCAUGUAGAUACAGUGCAGCCAGAAAAUUUAUGCCAAAUUAAAGCAAUAGUAAAGUAUUAGAAUUCAGAUUUUCUAAUUUCACAGGAGUCACAAUAAACAGAUGGGAAGCAUACCAUGUAAUACACCAAAUACUCAGCUUGAUAUUGAGAGAUACAGCCUGUAGAACAGGAAUAAACAAGGAGGUCAACUUUCUUUAGGAUCAACUCUUAAUAUUUUAAUUUUUAAAUUUAACUAGGAUUAUUCAUUUAUGCUUAGAACCCAUAAGUGCUUUUUGAGGAGGGGCUGAUAAGGACCAUAAAGAUAGCUGAAGAAAUAAACAUUCCAAACUGAGCAAGGAUGCAGAAAUCAAGACCAUAGGCUUUGGCUAAAUUGAGAUUUUAAUCAGCAGUUGCUCAUGGGACUGAACUAAUGACUCUGAUUUCCUUAUUUCAAGAGAUAGCUUCAGCGACCUGUAGAAAAUUUGAGCAUCUAACUAACUGCAAUGGAUGGGAAAAUGAAACAGGUUCACGUAGUUCAUUACUGGUGCAGACAGAAACUUUCUGAGAUCCACCCAUGGGAACUGACAGGAGAGAAAAACCUCUUAGUUGACAAUUGUGGGACAUGUGGAAAUCACUCUGGAGCAGCAGCAGUGUGUCUAAGUCCAUUGUUAUCCAGAUAGACUCAAAUGUUCUUUUAAGAGUAAAGGCCACUUCCAGUCAGUUUUUGAAGACUUGAUAUGUACAAGUGAAAAAGAGAGAGCAGACUGGUGUGUAGUCUCUGGAGUGUUUCUGUAAUCUCCUGAGGCCACGCAUGAACAAAAGGAGAAUGUUUUCCUUAAGAAGCAUUAUCACAUGAUGAGCAGGAUUAUCAGAAGAAGAUGAGCUGGAUUAUCCGAAGAAAAAUAAAAUUAAGAAAAGCAUGAAGCAAGAUAGUAAGUGAAAGCAUCAGAUUCACAAAUGUCACAUCGACAGAUUGAAACAGAUAGUGAUAACAUGGAACCAGGAGGCUCUCAGGCUUUUCUUACUACUCAGAUUCAUUAUAUGACAUCACACUUAAAAUCUUCUGAGAGUGACCUGACUUUUUGUACAAUCUGUCAUGGUACUUAACUGUUUAUUCACAUCAAACAUAACACAUGAAAGUGAGAAGUUUGUAGCAUUUUUAACAAGGGCAAUUUCCUUCUCAACCUGCACUUGUUAAGAAGAUGAGAGACAUGAAAAAACCAGAGUGGUUUCUAAAGAAUUCAGACUGCAGAAGUGGUUUUCCUCUCUCUGAAUGUCAGCUACAGGCCACACUUUUGGUUUUUUUAUAUGUGGAGAGACCAGUGCAGACACAUUACAUGACUCAUAUACAAGUAUAGAUCAUAUCAUAUUCUCAGUAUAGAAAGAGAAGAUUCCCUAGUGGACUCUCAGAUGCAAGCCAUUAUUUUUGGUUUCCAUGUAUAUAUCACUGUGUUGCUUGGAUUUACAGUGAAAUUUAUUGUUGAUACAAAAAUUGAUGUGGAUUAAUGUAUAAACCAAAAGACUGCACCUCCCUUCCAUACCCUUUUAACACUAGUACUGAGGAGUUAUUCUGUAAGCUAUUAAGAAAAAUCUCUCUUGUCCUUGUGGGAGACUUCAAGUUCACAGACAUUUACUGGAAAUACCAUAUUGAUGUUACAGACAGGUCUAGGCGAUUCCUGGAGCUGAAGAUAAUUGCUUGCCACAAAUCCUCCAAUUAGAGAAGAUGCCUUCCUAUAUAUGUUAUCUGUUUAUAGAGAAGUACCCAUGCAUGUGAUGGUAGGUGUCUGUUGUGGCCACAGUGAUGAUGAAGUGGUUGAUUUCAAAAUUCUUAAUGUAAUGAGAAAAAAGUUCAAUGUAGUUUCUACAGUGUAUUUCAAGAGAGCAAAUUCUCAGCUACUCAAGUAGCUGCCUUGAAGUAUGCACUAGGAAAAUGCUUUUGAGGCCUCCAGGAAUGCCGGUCAGUCUUAAAGAACCACUGUUGUAAAGUGGUUUGUGGAAGCAAACCACCCUAUUGUGUCACAAGUGUCAAGCAAGAGGGACAGAAGACCAGCUUAGUUUAACAGGGAACUCCUCUUGGAACUUGGGAAGAAAAAAAGACUGGAUGAUAUCUAGAAGAUGAGAACUUGCAGGAAGAUCAUAUAUGUUCACAAACAUGGUUGAUGGCAUGCAAGGCCAAAGCUCAAUAAAAGUUGAAAAUGGCCAGUGUUGUGCACUUGUAAAACAUGUUAAUAUCGAGAGGCCCAAGGAAAACAUUGGACCAAUUCUUGAUCAAGGACUUCAGCCAGCAUCUGUUCAUGGGCUUGUGACUGCUGUGCUCUGGGUUAUAGCCACUCAGGAUUUGAAGGCCUGGGCAACUCACUUCAGUGCUUCGUGAUUCUUACAGCAAUUUUGGUUUUAUUCCUUAUCUCCAGAUUGAAACUCUCUAGUUUCAGGGGACACCACCAUCUCUCACCCUCCCAUGAAUCUGUUCCCACCCUUUUGAUGAGGGAUGUCCUCAUCCUUCGAAACACCAGUCUGAGCUGUGAGAUGUCCCAAUACCUUGUCAGCUCCACGUUGAACCAGUUCCAGCUUCAGAGAGCAUCCUUGCUUUAAAGGAUGGAGAUUCACUUAUUUGUCAAUCUGACUCCAGGACCCCAAAGAGGACACAGUGCAUGGAUGAGUUCUGAUACAUGCUGAGCAGACAGUCACCCUCUUUCUUACAGAAGUUCCAGAACUUCUUCCAGAGUUCCUUCUGGCUAGAGAGCAAAGAUAGGGCAAUACAUGCCAGAGGAAGCCAAGUGUUGCCUGUGACACAUCAUGGGAGAAAGCAGGAGAGCCCAAAGGUCUGGCCAACAAUGUGGAGUAUGUGGAGAGCCUGGAGAUGUCUGUCAUGGGCAGAGCAAACUGGCAGGAUUCUGGGAAGGCACAUCCCAGGCCUCAGUGACUGUCUCGUAACACCAAUGUUCAGGCAUCCAGGACACCCAGGAGGUGCGCUUGCAGCAGCAGAGGUGAGCUGGGAGGUGAAACCUACUGAGGAGCUGAGAUGGUUUCCUUCCUGAGGACCGGGACAUUUCUGUCACCCCUUCUGGGUCCAGGCAAUGGCCUUCGUGCUUCUUCCCCUUCUAGAGUAAAACCUGCUGCUGCAAUGCUGGUGAAUGGGAGCAACUCAUAACCCCAGCUCCCCUCAGGCCACUGCAGAGAAGAGCAUGGCCACAGAGGUGGACAACUGCUGUCCCAUCUGCCUGGACAGCUGGAAGGAGAUCAGCUACAUAUUGCCAUGCCUGCACCAGUUCUGUUACACCUGUAUCCUGCAGUGGGCAGAGAGUACACCCAAGUGCCCUCUCUGCAAGAGGAGGAUUCUGUCCAUCUUGCACUCUGUGGGGACAGAAAAUGACUACAUGGAACAUGUAAUUGCACUAUCUGAGACACCAUCCAUCGUUGUCCACCAGGCAAGAGGAGACCUCAGACACCUUGACCUCCAUUUCUCUGAAGCAUCCCAAACAUGGGCUCCAGAAGGAAUGCCCAGGCAUCCUGUGGGCAGCCUCCAGCCUGGGGAAUGGGUGGUACUUUUCCGGGACCACCCAUGCCUCCUAGAUACUCUGGUGCUCUGGGUUCGACCAAGGUUAAGGCAGAUCUUCAGGAACAACUGGAUGGAGGCAGACCUAGUGGAGGACACUGUCAUGGACAUCCUGACCAACCAUGGAAUCGAUGAAGACCAGCUGGUCCAGAUGCUGGGGGUAUCCCUCCAAAACCAUGCGGCGACAUUUGUGCAACAGCUUAUCCGUGUUGCUGUGCGACGGUGCAGCAGGGAGGCUUGUCGUCUGCUGGCCCACCAGCCCUAUCUCCCUGCCCAGGUCCCAGCACUUUUGACAGCCCUGCAAGAUGUACCAUGGAUGAGAUGCCCAACACCUCCUCCACUGCCAUGGAUGGGGAUUUCAGAAGCUACCCCUCUGUACCCAUUACCAUCAUUGUUGGAGCAAGAAGAGCCCCAGGAGGAGCCAGAGGAGUCUGUUCCUCAGUCCUCCACUUCCAGACAGGGCAGUGAACCCUCUCCUGAGGGGCCAUGAUGACCCCUGAAGAGGCAGGCAAGUGGCCCUGGGGCUUCUUCAGCCACCCCUGCAUCCGUGACUUUGGAGGAUGCCUCAGGGGUUAGCCAAACUGGAACUGAACCACCAGCUGGGGCAUGCACCAACCCCCUAGGGCUCCCAGCCCCUCUGAUCUUGCUAUCCAAAUAAAAUGAAUGUAUGGAAGCUCAAAAGAAGUCUCAGUGUUACCAGCAGGACAGGUGGCAGUUCUGUCCUUUUUACUCUCCUGUCAGACAAGUGAUAGCCAGAUCCAGACCCAUUCUUGUAGCCAGGCCCAGGGCAGAUAUUUCCAGCAGGGUGGUCUCCAGGUCUAGGUUGUGCCCCACAGCUCAUCACCCCAGGCCACUCAUGAGCUCUUCAGUGCCAACCUCUGCCCCCACAUCCUGGUUCUCUGCUCUCCUACCAGCCUGUGCUGCCCAGUGCAGCCUCACUAUGGCCAUGACCAAUUCCCUCCCCCUGCCUGGAGUCACGGCUUGGUGCUGCUCUCUGUGUCAACCCAUGGUCAUACCCUGCCAAGGCAGGAGCCUCUAGAAGUUCAUCAAGGAGAAGUGCAAAGUCCUGUCCCUGGGAGGGGACAAUGCCAGACUGGCACAUGUCAGGCUGCACGGCUGGUGACCAGCCAGGGAAAGGCAAACAUACUGCCCUUAAGCACAGAUUUUCCUCCCACUGGUCAAGAUCCAGCCUUGAUGCUGGUAUUUCUGCUCUGCUUAGAGAGGACCUGUCUAUGCCAGAUGGAUGCCAAGGAGUUGAAAGCUUUGUGUUUGUCUAAUUUGGAGAGGAGGCUGAGGGGUGGCUUCGCUGCUAUCUACAUCUUCCAGAGGAUGGAAAGUGGAGAGGGGUUUACUGAUCUCCCUAGGAUCCAGUGACAGCAUAUGUGGGAAUAGUUCAAAGCUGCACCAGGGGAGGUUCAGAUGGGACAUAGAAAAUACUGCCUUACUGAGAGUGUGGUCAGACACUGGAACAGGCUCCCUGUCAGUUCCUUAAAAGGAGGCAUUUGGACAAUGCCCUACAUGAUGGGCUUUAACUUCUGGUCAGCCCUGAAGUGGUGAGGCAGUGGGACUAGAUGACCAUUGUAGAUCCCUGACAACUGGAAAUAUCCCAUUCUAAUACCUGUCAAUACCAUCAAAUAAGUGCCGUUUGCCUUCCUUCUGUUUAUUUGCAGUGACAUAAAUAUUAUUUAAUGAAAUAAGCUAAAAUUUGCAUUUCUUAAGCAAUCUCAUUACAGAAAAUAAGAAAAUGUUAACAAUUCCUUCCAGUCCCAUGCAAUACUGAUAGUUCAUAUAUGUUGUCUGUUAUUGUCACUUGCCCAAUAGAGUUUUGCUUACACAAAUAUUUUUUGAUGUUUGCUUGUUCUCUUUUUUAGCCAUAAGGCUUUUAUAGAACUUAUGUCACUGUGAUAGAUUGGCAUUUAAGAAAACAAAGAGAAACACCUAAGGAAGUUAAAACUGCUGGAGGCUGAUGGGAGUUUUUCUCCUAGCCAACAACUGGCCAUUUCCAAGAAUUGACAGCAGUUUUGACCAUUGAAAAGUGAGAUCAACCUGUGAACACCACCUUAAGACCUAAGCCUGGGAAUUUCUUUGUCUCUUUGUUUCCUGGCUGUGAAAGGUAACUGAGCUUUAGCUGGCGGGGCUUGCCCUGGGCUCUGGCCAGGCCAGGCCGGUCCCUGGCUCAGCUGCAGUUUUUGCUGUGACUGAAUUCACCAGAAACUGUCGAGUAAGGAGAGAAAAAAGCUCUUGACUUGCGGCAGGCUGAGACAGUGACCACACUCUCCAGAGCAGCCAUGAAGAAUCUUCCAUCACAGACGGCUCCAGCUCCUGCUCCGGCAGAGAUCACAGAACCAUCUACAAAGCCUGGGCAAGAUUUUAACUCUUUCAUUACCCAGAUGAGACUUGCAGAUUAAUCCUUUUUUCCAGAGAAAGAAAAAGAGAGUAAUCAAUAUGUAAAGAGACUUUAUAAACUAUUAGAGACAGUAAAAAAAAGAAUUAAGCUUCAGAAGAGGUAGAGAAUAAGGAGAUGCUUUAAUUAAGCUGAAAUGUUUUUCUGUUAAAGCUGUGGAGAUGGAAAAUAAUGUUCUGAAAAAAACUCCUUUAAUUCAUGACAGAGUAUAUUGGGAGGAAUGGAGUGUGCAAAGUGUGGAUUUUGAGCAAAAGGUGGAGUAAUUGUGAUACAGUGAGGUGCUGGAAUAGGGGGAGAAGAAGUAAUAGUUGAAGAUUUGAGGCUGCUUGAGGCAAAGAGAAAAUUUGUUUCCAGGGAGGCUCACAGAGACAGACGAAGAGAACUUUUGCCUUUGAAUAACUCAUCCUUAAAAGUGACAUCUCUAGACUCAUUGACCCAUAUACACCCCAGAGUGAUGUGAAAUGGGAGGAGAAAAUCUGAUGACAGAUUUCCGGGCAGCUGGCAUCAGAGAAAUAGAAAACUAUAACAGAAAUAGUUUUCUCAUGAGAAACUCCAUACAUUAGCAGAAGGAGACUUCUGUUUCUCUACAAAGACUGAUGAAAAGACUCUAACAGGAACUGGGACUGUUUUAAACACCAAAGUUCCAAGUUUUUUGUCUCUAUGUUGUCAUGUGAACAAGGGAAUGGUUGGGUAGUGGGGGAGAAAGAGGUUUUCUGGAAGUUAUUCUGGUUUUCUUAUUCUUGUAGUUCUGUUAAUAAACUUUCUUUAUUCCUUUUAAGUUUAAAGCCUGUUUUGCUCUUGUUCUAAUCCAUAUCUCACAGAAAGAAAUAAGUAAGUUUUCUAGUGAUUUUUUAGUUACUGCUUUAAAACCAUGACAGUCACCAAGUC